UAGCUAUGGUAAAUCGAGUUUUCUGCUGUGCUGAAUGCAUUAGUCUAAUGAGAUGUUUGCAGCCGGAGAGCAGGGCUGCUGGAGACUAACUGAGAGCUACUAACACACAGUGGAAGAUAGCUUUCGUAAUACUCGGUUUGCUUGUGCCGAAAGUCAUCCGUCUUCUGAGUCAACACUCCUGACCUGGUAGACAACCUGAUCAGGGCUCUCGUGAACAGCUGUAGCACGUCCUCUGCCUGUGAGCGAUUUGUCACCUCAUUCUGUAAGACUGGCACCAGCAGAAAUGCAGUCUCAGAGGACCCCGGGGAGAAAGCGAGGCCGACCCCCACUUCACUCCACACCUCUGAAGAUGGCAGUUCAUACCCUUUAUUCUGCUUCAGGUGGUUCUUCACCAGCAAUAAAGAUACCAAAGAAAAGAGGGCGGAAACCCGGGUACAAGCUCAAGCCUCAAGUCCUCAUGACUCCACUAGCCCUCCUACCUGUACGGAGUACCCCAGAACCCAACCUCAGCUCCAUUCCUCAGGACGCAGCCACUGUCCCCAGCCUGGCCGCAACCCCGCAGACCCUCACAGUCUGCCUCUACAUCAACAAGAGGGCCAACGCGGGGCCCUUCCUGGAGAGGAGGAAGGUGCAGCAGCUGCCCGAGCACUUCGGGCCCGAGAGGCCGGCAGCCGUACUGCAGCAGGCCGUGCAGGCCUGCAUCGACUGUGCCCACCAGCAGAAGCUGGUCUUCUCCCUCGUCAAGCCGGGCUUUGGUGGUGAGGUGGUGUCAGUCUCAGCAUCCUUUGAUGGCAAACAGCACCUGCGGAGUGUGCCCGUGGUGAACAGUGUUGGGUACGUCCUCCGCUUCCUGACCAAGCUGUGCCGAAGCCUUCUGUGUGACGACCUCUUCAGCCACCAGCCCUUCCCCAGGGGCUGCAGUGCCUCUGAGAAAGUCCAGGACAAAGAGGAAGGGAGAAUGGAAUCAGCCAAGACUCUGACCGCUGAAGAGUGCCUGGUGGACCCUGCGGGCAUGAGCCGCUCCGGGGUGGACCCCUCUGCCGCCGCCUUUCACCACCGGGGCUCCCUGCCUGCCCCUUCCUCGCUGUACUGCAAGAGGCAGAACUCUGGAGACAGCCACCUUGGGGGAAGCUCUGCCAUCACCACUGGUGGUCCCCGCACCGGUCCCAGGACCUCUGAAGGCCCCCCAGCACUUGGGCUGAGGCCCCCAGCCUCCAAUCUCAAGAGAAACGGGACCGUUCUUGAAGGAAACAAAUGUGCCUCGAGCUCUACUCUGGAUGGGCAGAACACCAGGCGGCCACGGAGCAGGAACCCCUACAACUGGACUGUGGAGGACGUGGUGUGGUUUGUGAACGAUGCUGACCCGCAGGCUCUGGGGCCCCACGUGGAGCUCUUCAGGAAGCAUGAGAUUGACGGCUAUGCGCUAUUGCUGCUGAAGAGCGACAUGAUCAUGAAGUAUCUGGGCCUCAAGCUGGGACCUGCACUGAAACUCUGCUACCACAUCGACAAGCUGAAGCAAGGCAAGUUCUGAAGUCUUCCAAAAGAUAGAAGCAACAUCCAGAACAACAGUUUAUCUUCUGCCUUACCAACACCCAACCCACAUCACAAAAUAGAUUCUCCUAAAAUUUAAUGGCCGCGAAGACUUGCUCUUUUUAUAAAAUUUGUUUAUCUUUGCCUUUUUAAAAACUCAACAUGGCCCUUUUUGAAAGGCCUGGUCUAUGUUAAUGUUUUGCCAAAAAAAAGUUACAAAAAGCCUGUUAUUUUUGAUGUUCCUGAUAUGUUCGUUGCUCCUAAGUUGGGCUCUAUUUGUAUAAUUAGAGAAUGGUUAUAGAAUGCUAAUACCCAAGGAAGACCUUGGAGGGCUCAAGGGAUGUGAAAAGGACUUCUGUCCCUGCUGACUCUGCAGGAUGUCAACCACAGCACCACCUGCCUCUAACUUUGACCUUGUGUGAGCCUUGUCUGACUCAGCUCGGGAAACUGUCUUCUGAGGAUGACUGCCUCACCUUGCACUAUCCGGAAAACUUGAAUUCUUUUGCUCUCUGAAAAAGAAAGGAAAAAAAAUUUUUUUUUUCCUAUUCCUAGUUAUUUGAAGUUCUGUGUUGCUCCACUAGAGGGCAGACUGCUAAUGAAACUUCAGGACCCUUGCUGGCUCUAGCCACACAGUUACUUGGUGCUCAGUGGGUGGGUUAGGGUUUCUAUAAUAUACAAGAGCUAGCCUACACAGAAACCGGGGGUGUAUUCCACAGUCAGCACCACAGAUUGCAACUUGGGAAGAAACCAUCAUCAGAGGGUUCAUAUCCAAUCAUUACGGACGGACUGAUAGCCCAAGAAGCAAAGGCAAGAAUUUGGAAACAUGAUCUGCCCAGAUGGGGCUUUGGAGUCCCUUCCUUUCCAGAGUCCUUAUUGAGGUGUUGGUGUGUUGGCAUGCUGAAGAAUUUUAGUGACAUUUAGCCAUGAGUGUUCCUUUUUAAAAGAAAAAGAAAAAAAAAUGUUGCAACUAAGCUUUGAGAGUGUUGAUUUUUGAUUGCACUGCUCGAUUAUGUAGUUGUAUCUGUGGCUAAUUUUUC